AUGGGGAUAAAGGAGAAGGGAGACGCCCAGGAGAAUUUAUUGCUGUAUCGGCCUCUGGUGGCGUUCCCUACUGAAGUGCAAUGGGAUUUGAUAACGAGUCCGGUCGGGCAGCCAGUGGUGGCGACUGACGUUGUUCGCAAUGGUUUAAUUG